AGUGUGUGUUCAGUGCCGGGCCUGUUGCACUUUCUUAGCUGAAAUCAGUCUUGGCUGAGGCAGGAGUGACAGACAAGGACUUAGCUCUGGGGCUCGGCUCUGCUCUGCUCUGCUUGGAUUGAACUGGACUCCUGUUUCUGGCUGACUUAUCUGUACACUUGUGUGUGCACUCUACGCUAUACAUCUACACACAGCCUGCGUGUGUGUGUGUGCUGAAUCACUCCUAUGAGUGAUAGUACAUUGCAACUGAUCCGAAUCUUCUCCUGCGUGUGUAUCGGACCAGAACCAGUCACUUACCUUUUGUAGUGUUUACUGGAGCGGUCUGCCUGGGUCCGGGUCGGGGUACCUCUGGAUGUGUGUGUGUUUCUGUGUGUGUGGGAGCAGCGCGGUCCCUCAUGUCUGUCCAUGAGUUUCUGUGGGAGGGGGCAGGCGAGGUGCCCACCCGGAUCAUGAACAGACUGAGUCAGAUGAUCCAGAGCCUGGACAUCUCUGGACUGGCCUCCCCCGUCACCCCCGAAGCCAGCCGAAGGAACUCCUGGAGGGAUUGGAACUGGAACGAUGAGAUCAUGCAGCAGGAGAGCAGUCCCCUCUGUGCAAUCGACAUCACCCCUGACCUCAGGAAGCAGUUUGCCUUCCUCUCAGGGGGGCGAGGGCAGAACGGCAGCCCCAUCAUCGUGUUCCCAGAGUUCCCUGCGUUCGGAGAGAUCCAGGAGAGGGAGUUCCACAACGUGCUCACAUACCUGACCAGCAUCCCCAGUCUGUCUGCAGCAGGAGUGGGUUUUAUCCUGGUCAUUGACCGGCGACAGGACCGAUGGACAGCCGUCAAGGCGACCCUGCUCCGCAUUGCAGGUUCGUUCCCAGGGAACCUGCAGUUGGUUCUGGUAUUGAGGCCCACCACCUUAUUCCAGAGGACUCUCUCAGACAUCCUGUUCAAGUUCAACAAGGAUGAGUUCAAGAUGAAGGUGCCGGUGAUUAUGCUGAGUUCUGUGACUGAGCUCCACUCCUACAUAGACCGGACACAACUGACUACUGAGCUGGGAGGAACCCAGGAGUACUGCCACGAGAAGUGGAUCUCACACCGCACUGCCAUUGAGGGCUUUGCUCUGAUGGUAAAGAGAACAGCUCAGAUCCUGCAGUCGUUUGGGACAGAGCUAGCAGAGACUGAACUACCCAACGACAUCCAGGCUACCAGCAACCUACUGGGGACACACACCAACAAGAAGAGCAAGAUGAAGGAGGAUCUGCUGGUGGCUUUAGGACAGGGCAGCAGACUGUUGGAGAGUAUUAAUGAACCAGUGGUUAGAGACCCAGACCACAACAUGAACCAGGACGAACUGGAGAACCUGGCCACCGUACAGAGACUGCUUUCCCAGUUGAAUGAGACAGAACGGGCGUUUGAUGAGUUCUGGGUGAGACAUCAGACCAAGCUGGAGCAAUGUCUGCUGCUCCGCCACUUUGAACACAAUUAUAGAGAGGUGAGGUGUCUGCUGGACCAGGUGGCAGAGAGAUUGACAGCUUUCUCGGAGGUGGGAAUAAGCCCCGCCCACGCUGAUCACAUCUUCCGCGAGCUGAGCAGCCACGAGGAGAGAGUCUGUGAGGUAUUGGACCAAGCCCAGGCUCUGGCACGUGAGGGUGACAAGUUGAUCCAGAGCUCCCACUAUGCUGAGGACUCCAUCCAGCCCAAAUGCAUCGAGCUCCGAGCCGUGAACGAGGAACUGAGCGCCUACCUGAGAGCAAAGAAAGACCACUUACUCAGAGCUAUGGAGCUGCACCACAGCCUGGAGAGGGCUGCUAAGUGGUGUGAUGAUGGCAUCUACCUGCUGGCCUCUCAGCCCGUUGACAAGUGUCAAUCACAUGACGGGGCAGAGUCAGCGCUGCAGGAGAUUGAGCGUUACCUGGAUACGGCGGGACAGAACAAACUGACUGAUCCUAGUGCCAUCUGCAGGGACUACGAGACAGUGCUCAACCACGAGUUCAAGGACCAAGUGGAGAAGGUGUUCCAGAAGCAGGUGUCCAUGCAGGAGAUGUUUGAGAAGAGAAGGGUCAGUCUGAAGAAGCUGGCAGCCAAACAGACCAGGCCAGUCCAGCCUGUGGCCCCAAGGCCUGAAGCCAUCAAGUCCCCACUGUCCUCGCCAGCAAAGAGAGUGCUGGAGAAGAGCUGCUCAGAGGGAGACUCUGUGAACAGGGUCAGCUGUAGAAAAGUGGAGGGCCAGCUACAGAGCAACAGAAGUGCCUCUCUGUCAGAGGAAGACGAGAACCUGGCCAUCCUCAGAAAACAUGUAAUGAAUGAGCUGCUGGAGACAGAGAAGGCAUACGUGGAGGAGCUGCUCUGUGUUCUACAGGGCUAUGCCUCAGAGAUGGACAACCCAGCCAUGACCAGCCUCAUGCCCAUUCCUCUGCAAAACAAAAAAGAUGUGCUGUUUGGCAACAUGCCAGAGAUCUACCACUUCCACAAGAGGACCUUUCUGAGGGAGUUGGAAGAGUACGAAGACUGCCCGGAACUUGUAGGUCGGUGUUUUCUGGAGAGGAUGACAGACCUGCAGAUUUAUGAGAAGUAUUGUCAGAAUAAACCUCGCUCUGAGAGCUUGUGGAGACAAUGUUCCGACUGCGCCUUCUUCCAGGAGUGUCAGAAGAAGCUGGAACAUAAACUGGGCUUGGACUCCUAUCUCCUGAAACCUGUCCAGAGGAUCACCAAAUACCAGCUCCUGUUGAAGGAGCUGCUGAAGUACAGUAAGGGCUGUGAGGGGUCAGAGGACCUGCAGGAGGCGCUCACCUCUAUCCUGGGCAUCCUGAAGGCUGUCAAUGACUCCAUGCACCUCAUCGCUAUCACUGGAUAUGAUGGUAACAUGGGCGACCUGGGCCGGCUGCUGAUGCAGGGGUCAUUCAGUGUGUGGACAGAACACAAGAAAGGUCACGCCAAGGUCAAGGACCUGGCCCGCUUCAAGCCCAUGCAGAGACACCUGUUCCUGCAUGAGAAGGCCCUGCUCUUCUGUAAGAGACGGGAGGAGAACGGGGAGGGCUAUGAGAAAGCCCCCUCUUACAGCUUUAAACAGUCCCUCAGCAUGAGUGCUGUGGGCAUCACUGAGAACGCCAAAGGUGACAACAAGAAGUUUGAGGUCUGGUGCAACUCACGGGAGGAGGUGUACAUCGUUCAAGCCCCGACAUCUGAGGUAAAAACGACAUGGGUGAAGGAGAUCCGGAAGGUUCUGACAACACAGCUGGAGGCCUACAGAGAAGCCAGCCAACAGAGGCCAUCAGACGGACUGUUCCAGUUCCCCCCUGGUGCUGGAGGACCUGUCAGCCUCAGUCCAUUUAGAAGAGGGGAGAGGAGCAUGAAGGAGAAGGGAGAACCAAGCAGCCCCGAUGCUAACUCCCGCUCCUUCCCAAAGACCAAAGAAGAAGCAGCGACUAGUCCUACCUCAGACAGAGCAGCUGUGGCUAAAAAGCGUUUUACCUUGCAGGGCUUCAGCAACUACAACAAAGACCUCUCACCUCCUGACAAUAAAAGCUUAACUUUACCCAGGAUGCCCCUCUCUCCAUCAGGAUCUCCCACAAGCCCUGACCAUAAAACCAAACGUCAUGAGAUAAAGAGUGAUCCUACUCCGUUCGGCUUUAAAGACCCAGGCACUCACGCUCACCUCCACCUGGGCAGAGUCAGGUGGCUCAGCACCUCGAGUCUCUUACAGGCCAAGAGGAGAGGAUGGACCAAGGGCUCGCUCUCAUUGGACGCCAAUGAGGAGAAUGAUGGCUACUCUAGCCCUGAAGAGCCCCUGAACUCAGACCCCGAGGACGAGGGGGGAAAGAAACUAUGUGCAGGGAAGUACACAGUGGUGUCUGACUAUGAGAAGGGAGAGGCCCAGGACCUGUCAGUCAAGAGUGGUGAAACGGUGCAGCUGAUCAAGGAGAGAGAUGAUGGACAGUGGUUUGUGAAGAACUUGAAGACCAAGCAGGAGGGCUGGGUGGCUGCAGCCAACCUUCUCACCCUGAUUGGAGAGUCCAAGUCCUGCCAGUCUCUCACCAGCUCAGAGGGCAGUGGCUCAGGGAACCUCAGCAAUUCAUCCAGCUGCUGUGAGACCUACACCAGCUUCUCUGACAUCAAGCCCUGAACCCUCCACCCUUCCCUGGCCCCAUCAGGCCACCCCAGGCCCCUUGUCUCCAGACCCAAACCCAACAGCACCAGCUGGUGGCUCCCCCAGCAAGACAGCACUUUCUCCCCCCACCCUAAACACAACUUCCCCCCACCUUACCCAGAGGCAAGCCCCUCGAUUAGGAUACUGGUCAUCAACUUCAAGAAGAUGCCAACAAUAGACUAAAUCAAAUGUCGUUGACUAGAGAAUGGACUCUGGCGCCCUUGUGUAGUUGAAGAGACACAGCAGUGUAGGUUGGCAGCAGCUACACCUAGACACUGAUUUUAGGUCAGUUUGAUACUUUUGCAUUUAUCCUUCUUAAAAUUGUCAAGGUUAGGAUUGGGGGUUGGGUGAGCUGAUCCUAGAUCUAACCGUCAGCUAUGCAAGCAGACAAAAUGCUAUGGACAAGAACCUGACAAAACCCAUAGAAAUACAAUACAAUUCUGUUAUGAAUUCUAAUUCUAAGAUGAACCUGAUCAGGUGUCAGUGAUAUAGCCACCCCUCCAUCUGCAAUAGAGUGGUGGACAUGGAUUGUGUUGAGCCCUUUUUGUUGUACUGUAAGCCUAUGUUACAAUGCUGUUGGUCUGCAUCAUGGUCCCCUUGAUUGUCUACAAAUAGACAAGACUGUUUGUAUUUUUUUUUAUAGAAAGUUACUGUAAAUAAAAAAGAUUAUGAAUGCUAUGAUUGAAAAGUAUA